GAGAAACGUCCGGCCGCGCCACAGCCACGUCUGGGUCAAAGGCACACGUGGAAAGAAGCUGGCCCAAGUCACAAUGCGGUGCCUUUCACCCUGGGGGACCGACAGCCCCAGCCGGACAAGGGCCAGGCGCCUGCGCUGUGCGCCAGUGGCGCCGGGCGCUGCGGGAGCCGCGAGACCCCCGCCCUCCGACGGGAACGCGCACGUGCCUCGGGACGCGGACGCGCGCGCGAAUGCGCAUCACCUCGCUCAGCCUCAGUCUGGGCGGCUGAGGAGGGAAGGAGCGACGCACGGAGACGCGCACCGGAGACGCGACACCUUGGAGCCCCUCGACCCGGCGGCGGCGGGGACCUGAGCGGCGGCGGGCGGCCUCGAAGAUGAAGUGCAAGCCGAACCAGACGCGGACCUACGACCCGGAGGGGUUCAAGAAGCGGGCGGCGUGCCUGUGCUUCCGGAGCGAGCGCGAGGACGAGGUGCUGUUAGUGAGUAGCAGUCGGUACCCGGACCGCUGGAUCGUGCCGGGCGGGGGCAUGGAGCCCGAGGAGGAGCCGGGCGGUGCGGCCGUCCGCGAGGUGUUCGAAGAAGCGGGAGUCAAGGGGAAGUUAGGCCGGCUCCUGGGCAUUUUCGAGCAGAACCAAGAUCGCAAGCACAGAACGUACGUGUAUGUACUGACUGUCACUGAGAUUCUGGAGGAUUGGGAAGAUUCGGUUAGCAUUGGGAGGAAGCGAGAGUGGUUCAAAGUCGAAGAUGCGAUCAAGGUUCUCCAGUGCCACAAGCCCGUGCAUGCCGAAUAUCUGCAAAAACUAAAGCUGGGCGGUUCCCCAACCAAUGGAAACUCCGUGGCCCCGUCCCUGCCGGAGGGCGAUGCCUAAUAUUUUUGCAGAUAAAAACCCCUUCCAUCUGAAAUGCUGUCACAAAUACUUUGGAGCCUUAACUUGUUAUUCUUAGAGAUGAACAGCAAAGAUGUCCAGGAUUGUUUGAAAGAAUCAUUGAUGUGAACCAUUAAUAAAUGGAAUUGUCAAGUAUAGGUGAGCACUUCCAUGCUUCCAAAGAGACAGCUCGUCUGGUUUUCUUCCUGCAUCUUGAGAUACUCCUUCCCUGUCUGUUUUGCUGACUUCUCUUGCCCUGGUGAUUGUACUGUUGUACAUGAACAGACUCUUAUUCAGUACCUGUAGCCUUUUGUUGUGCUUUUUUAUUGAUAUGUCUGCCUUCUUUAUUGGACUAUGAUAUCCUUGAAAGCAAGAACCACGUCUCCUUAUUCUUUGCAUAUUCUGCACCUGAGACACUACUUGAAAUAUGGUUGACAUCACUGAAGUUUCUUUAAUUCAAUUAAUAUUUUAUAAUCACUACAUAUAAUUAUAAUGGCAAAACAUUCCCCUUCCAAUCUGGUGCUAUAUGCUCUCCAGGCACCACGUGUGUGGCUUUUCUGAAUAAGACAUUUUGGAAACUUUUCAAGGCAGUUUUAGGAUAUUCAAGGACAAGAAUUACUACUCCUAUUGCUAUGUCAUACCAUGCAGUGGCUAGCACAGUUUUUACAUCACUUAGGGCAAAAUUUUAUAGAAUCAGUCCUUUGUGUAACAACUUCAGUGUUUUUGUACUGUUGUUAAUUUGCUUAAAAUUUUAUUCAAGAAUACCACUUGCUGUAAAACUAAUUAUAAAAAUAAAUACAAUGAACAUAAUAAGAUGAUGUGCUUUUUAUAAAAAUUUUACAAUAUACAAAUAAUAAUGUUUUUGCA